AGCCGAUGUAACGAGAGUUAAUCGGCAGUCUAAUACUAAGUUACUUGUGCUGGUUGACAUUUUACAUAUCUGUUGACGUUUCAUCAUGGAUGGAAACAAAGAAGAAAGUCUUAGGUGCAUAGAUUUAGCGACUAAUUAUCUGAAAUUCGGUGAUAGAGCAAAAGCUAAAAGGUUUUUAUUAAAAGCGGAAAAACUUUACCCAACACAAAAAGCUAAAGAGCUCUUAGAUUUUCUGAACUUUGGUCCUGAAGAGGAUGCAAAAGAAAACGGGAAUGCUACAAGUGAAGAGAAACCUGAUGACAAACCACACUUGCAUCAGCGCAAAACUCAGCAACCAGAACCUGCUUCAACUGAGUACACACAAGAACAGAUGGAUGCAGUGAAGAAAAUUAAACAAUGUAGGGACUAUUACGAAAUCCUUGGUGUUACUAAAGAAGCUACAGACACAGACUUAAAGAAAGCUUAUCGGAAACUUGCUCUACAAUUCCAUCCUGACAAAAACAAAUGUCCAGGUGCAAGUGAAGCAUUUAAAGCAAUUGGAAAUGCAUUUGCUGUCUUGAAUGAUACUGAAAAGAGGAAGCAGUAUGAUCUCUAUGGUCCACUGGAAGACCAACAAUCAAGCAUGAGGAGACAUUCCCAUCGUAAUCGACAUGACUAUUCUAGAGGAUUUGAAGCCGAAGUCAGUGCAGAGGAACUUUUCAAUAUGUUUUUUGGUGGCUCAUUCGGUGGGCCGAACGUCUAUGUCAGACGAGGACGCCAAUGGGAAAGGCAACGUACUGAAAAUGCGAAUCAGCAGGGAUCUGUUGGAACUGGAUUGUUGUUGCAACUCAUGCCCAUUUUAAUCCUAGUCUUCUUAUCAGUAAUGAGCAACUUUCUCGUCUCCGAUCCAAUUUACGCUUUCCAAAAAUCAGGAAAAUACUCGCUUGAAAAGCACACCACAGCUCUGAGGGUGCCAUACUACGUCAAGGAGAAUUUCAACGAAUACUAUGAUGGAAAUUUACGCAGAUUAGAAGCCAAUAUUGAGGAAGAAUAUGUGGGAAUGCUCCGUCAUAACUGUUACCGUGAAAGAAGUCAAAGAGAGAGUCUUCUUUGGCGUGCCCGCCAAUAUGGUGACAAGACAAUGAUGGAUCGAGCCAAUUCUUUCAAAAUGCAAUCGUGCGAUGCUCUGGAUAAGCUUUACAACCGAUCCACUUAAUAUCACGCAAUGGUUGGAUCGUAUUUAGGUGUUGUGUUUUGUUUUAAUACGUAGCCCUCUUGACAUUCUUGUAAAGAUUGAACCUCAAUCUCCCUUUUCCUUAUUCUGAUCCUAUGUUGAAUGUUUACGGAAUUAUUAAUAAGAACACAAGAAAUACAUUUAUUUGGUAAACGCA